AGUGAAAAAGUACAUUUUUGUUGUGUGUUGUGGAGAACCGACUUUAGUUAAAAAAUAGCCAAACAAUUUGAAAAUGACUUCCUUAAGUCAACAACUUAAAAAACUCGCUGUCCCACAGACAUCGAACUUAGCUGACCUAAAAGUAAAGGCAUCAAUUCUCUUCGAACCGAAAGAAGCCGCCACUAAAGACAGAAAAACCAUUUACGAUCUAGGCUGUGAUGGUCUCUCCGAGUUAAUAGCCCUAAAUCAUGCUUUUGUGGAAUUUGAAGAAACUCUGUUCCAGAACACUUCGCUAAAUCUCGAGCGUUCAGUGGAAGAUUCAUCUUUCAAUCAAAAUCUGGACAGACAUAUAAAAAAGUUCUUCCAUCACUUGUCGCCGUAUUUUAUGCUCCGCUCCUCACAUCUCUGCCUUGAAUGGUUGAUUAGGAGGUUCCGCGUGCACGAGUAUAACAAAGACGACUUUGUCGCCCUCAUUCUGCCUUACCACGAAACGAACAUCUUUGUCAGAUGUAUACAGAUCCUAAGGAUUAAAGACACAUCCGAUCCUUGGAACUGGCUGCAACCGCUUCAAAAGCCAGGAGUGCCACUUCCCAAGAGUGCAAUUUUCAACAGAGCUGCCUGUGAACCAAGUUUCCUUCAAUUUGUCUGCAAGAGUGUCGUCGAGGCGACCAAAGAACUGGGAAACAGGGCGCCUACCUUGCAAUGCCUUAUUAAUUUCUAUUGCUCGGUUGUGAUUGGAGCGUUUGAGAACUGCAAUCAGAUCAAAGAAUGGCAUGUCACAACAAUCAUGCCCUCUAUUACAAAGGGAAUCAAAUCGGGAGUUCCGGAUUUCAUCUCUGCCAGUUUCAUGAUCACAACUCAGCUUGUCACCAAAACUAGCCUCACUCUCAAGCUAUUGAAUGUCCUUAUUGGUCAUAUCUGGAGAAUCGAGUGUGAACCCCUGCAAACCACAUCGAUUUUGUUACUCAAUUGGAUUUCAAAGACCCAAGCGAAUGUCUUAACUCGAUUCCCCGAGAAAGGGUUUGUAAAAUUCAUCGAAAAUGCAUGGUUAAACAACAUUAUGAGCACCCUCAGCAAAGACGGGAUUUCAAUGAUUUAUCUGACUAUUCCUUUGGUCAGAACUGCCUUUGACAUUUUACAAAACGACGUGGCUAAUGCAGAGGCUUGUAAACGUUAUAUUGAGAGUUUGCUCUUCGAGGUUCAUUUUCCCAGUCAUUCGGCUAAGUUGCUUAUUAAAUGUGUCCUGGAAGCACUCUCGCUCAAAGAACACAAAGAACUUAACGACGGAGAUGUAAUUGACUUGGAGUCGGAUUCCGAACUGCCGAAUCAGAGCAAUGUGAUCAAUUGGUUUACUAAGAUCAUUCAAAUUUUGGAGCGUCAAUAUCCAAGGGAAAUGGAUAUGAUGAUCAAGGAAGCCAUGGAAAGUGGAGACAAUGAAAAAUCAAAGAAUGGAAUCAAAGUUGCUCUUGCAAUUCGUUAUAAAUUCCUCACAGAAGACACAUCAUCGAUAUUUGAAAAAAUAUACCACGUCAAUCCCAAAAUUCGUGCCAUUUCUGUGAAAGAAAUCGUUAAAAAAAUCAACAAAAACGAUAAUGACGUUCAGCACUACAGUAUGCUUAAAGAAGCUUUAGCCGAUCGGAUAAGCGAUGACAAUGAGAAGGUUGUUGAAGAAAUCCUCAAACUUCCUACUAGUGUAUGCAUAGAAAUGAUUGGCAUCAAGUCAUUUGUGGAUAAUAUCAUCAACAUACUUGACAAAGCAACAACAAAUAGUAUUGGUUGGGCAUAUCUUCAAACUGCAGCGCUGACUCAUCUAACAUCAGAGGCUGUGCUUAGAGAAUACGAUAGCAACAUAAUUCUACUGGCUGUCAGUAGGUAUUUAAUUCCAAUUAAAAAUGACCAAGACAAUGCAAAGUACAUUAAGACAAUCUUGUCUAGUCCAUUGGCUGAGAAGAAGCCAUUUUUCCGGACUCUAGUUAAAAAGUACAAAGACUCAACAAUCGACUUGAAUGAAUUUAAAAUGGACUUCCUCGAAAUUUUAUCUACGUCAGACGACACGCCACAUGCUGAGGAUUUAGUCGAAUCCAUGAAGAAAAACGGUGAAGCCAGUUUUAAGACAUCAAUUCAGAUGUCGCAUUUUCUGGUCAUGGUGUCGGUAUGUUUCAAAAGAAAAAACAGUCUAAACAAAUCCAUCAACAUCUUUGAUUUUACGAUGAAUCAGUGUGCGCGCUUUAGGAUCACACUUUCAAAUAACGAUAAAAAGCUUUCAAAUGCUAUUUCGUUGCAGUUGUUUGUUGAUUUUCUGAAUAGCCUUAUCCAAGGAACUGAUUUUGAAAAACUUCAAGAUUGGAACUGCUGUUCAGAAUCUUUGAAAUUGUUUUUGAAAAUAUUUAGUCUUCUCACUUCGAAGGCAUUUUCGUCAAAACUAGAUCCGAAUGAUAAGAAAGAAUGGGCUAAAAGCUUGCGGGAUAAUUUGAAUACCCUAUUCCCGACAAUUAAAGAAAAACUGAACUUCUUGUCUCAGUUUUUGAUACACGAAAACUUCGGUGGUACAGAAAACUUCACGGAAUCUAGAAUACGAGCUGCAAGGCUUCUGGAGAUAAUUUUGAGAGGAGGAAAGGUCGACAAACAUGACGUAGACCUGCGGUUCAUAUUGAAGGCCAUUGUUGCAUUAAGUAGCCCAAUUUCAACGAUACGUGAGUGCGCAGUGGACAUUCUUCGGGCAGUUAAGGGUUUCAGAGAGGAGCUGUCAACUCUUAUUGGGAACAUCGUUGAACGCAGUGAGGAAAUUCAGUUCGACGCCGAACAGAUUCCAUUGAUUCUUUUUACUAUUCUCAGUAACAAACGGAAAACAUCGAAUAGUAUAUUGAUUGGCAACAUUUUGAAUAUAAUCGACGACCCAGCUGAGACAAUUUACUUUAAAUCCAAAAUCAUCGAAAUCCUUAAACACAUUAAAAGCGUGAGCAUUGUAAAUUCUAUGAUUCCUGCUGCAAUACUGGCACUGGACAAUUCAGAAACAGUGGGCAAUAUAAAGAUUAUUGAUCAAGCCUCAGCUAGCAUAUUUAAGUCCGUCGUAUCACGCUUUGACGAGAAUUGUAUACAGGAUGUGAUAUCAACCAAUGACAAUGCAUGGAACCUCAUAGAGAAGUCAUUCAAAAUGUUUAAGUCCUUCUUAAACUUAGAUGGAAAGCUUACCCCUGUCCCUUGUGUAACGCUGGAAAUUCUGGAAGAAGCAACUUACAACAAACUACCGAACGCGUAUAAAAUAAAACUCUUGAGACUCAUUAUCGAGACAAUCUCGCUAUCUGAUAAUGAUACAUUGUUUUUGGAUGUAAAUAAAGCCUUUAAAAAGUGCAGUAUCGAUUGCGACCAUGUUCUGCCACUGCUCGAGGCCAUGACAAAUAACGGCAACGAAAACGCAACAAUGCAAAAGAAGAAGAAACCAGUAGCUAGAUCUUCAAUAGUAGACGGCAGUUUGUUGAACUCCAGUCAAUGGAAGGAGGGCGUUGUGCUCCUUGAAAUACUGGAGAACAAAAAGAAGCUGCAAAAUACUCAAGUUUUGAUACCAGUGCUAUUCGAUACAUUGAAAAGAUGUUUGGAUAUGGAGAGCCAAUCCCCAGCGGAAUACACAAAACAACUUAUUCUUUCAGCCUUGUUGCAGUGCUGCCAAAAGUCUAAGGCAGAAAAUCUCCUCUGCAAAAUUUCCGAAAACACGUUUAGAAUUGACUUGAUUGUACAAUGCAUUCGAGUAACACAGAAUCCACAAACGCACUACAAUGCCCUCUUGUUCCUAUCCCAUUGCGCUGGGCUCUUCCCCCAGCAAGUGCUCCAUAAUUUAGUCGACAUAUUCACAUUCAUGGGAUCGUCAAUUGCUAGGCACGAUGAUGCAUUUAGCUUUCAGAUUAUAUCUAAUAUUGUUGAGUCGAUCAUACCGAUCCUGGUGGCAGACAGCAAAUCCAUGGUUGUCGGAAACAAACGUGUUGUUCCUGUUUUGAAAAUAUUCUCUGACAUUUUGCUAGAUGUGCCCGAACACCGCCGGGAGCCGCUCUACACUAAACUUUUGUCUACUUUAGGAGCUGAAAAGUAUUUCUGGCUAUUUUUGUGCGUUGUGUUUGAAUCGCAUGUAAUCCAUGAAGAGAAAAACAAAGCAAGUAGUUCUGCGGGUGCAGGAGAGAAACUUCCAAAGCGAAUUGAAAUAGUUUUAAAUCUGUUAAAUGAGUUUAGUACGAGCGUCUCAAUACAAACGUGUACUUCUCUCUUGGACUACGUGAAAAGGCUUCCCAUGAAUAAAGAAGAUGAAACAAAGACAACCAAAUCGAAUUUACAAGAUCCCCAAGACAGUGAUUUAUUUGAUGUCAAAGUACGAAGUGCCAAGCAAUUAAGACACUACAAGUACUUAAUUCUUCAGUUUGUUUCGACGUUUACCUCCUCGGCUAAGUUCUUGAAAGACAUUUCAGCCCUCGAUGAGGAACAAGCCAAACAGAACAAGUCCCUGUAUCAAAGCUUCAUUAUAAAAACUCUCAGUUACAUUCCGGACGUCACUGCGGCCAUAGAGAAAACGACAGAACCCACGCAAUUGAAAUUCUGGAAAGUUAUACAGCAUCAUUGUCACGACGCGUUAGACAAUGUGAUUUCACUGCUAUCGCCCGAUAUUUUCCUGGUCGCCGUUCACGGUCUCUUGCAACAUAAAUUGUUGACUAUACGCAAGAAAGUAAUUGAACUCCUGAUCAGCAAACUACAACAAAACAUUGACUACUUUGAGGAUUGCUCGGAUGAGAAUGUUCUAAAUCUAUUAAACUCUCUCGCCGAAACAAUAACUGCGAAAGAUCCUAAAGAGUCCCGCUCCACUGCGAUGCCAGCAGCACCGAACGCAAACGAGAUCACUGUAGUCCAACAAGUCGCAUUGAUUGCAAUAAAACUUCUUUCGAGGAAGUUUGCUUUGAAAUACAAGGAACAAUUCAAAAAUAUUGUCGAACACUUGACUAUGGUCAUCAAGAAACGCUCCCGAUUGCCGAAAGUGGUUCUCGCAACGGUUAUUUUAGCACUUGUCGAGGUUAUGUCAAACCUUAAAGCGCAUGCAAUCGCCCAUCUGCCAAAAUGUAUGCCGCAUUUGAUUGAGGCACUCAACGAUCAAUCAAAUAUUCUGAAGAAUCAAUCGCCGGAUAAUGUUUGCUUAGCAUUGAUGACGGGUGUUCAAAAGCUAUUUGAAUCAAUGCCCUUAUUCUUAGGACCGUACAUUGUGGGCAUAGUCAGCGCACUUAGCACGAUAUGGUCGAACAUAAGCCACAGGCAGGUGGAGCAAGACCAGAAGAAAAUUGUCAACAUAAACAAACUGGAAGCAAUCUGGAAGAAGAUAGCGGCUGAGGUGCCAGCUCGUGUUUUAAUACCCAACUGCGAAAAGGCUUACUAUGAGCUCAUAAAUGAUGGCAACUUUUCAAGCGUAAGUUUCCUAAUGAAACUAUUUUUCGAUUGCGUAUCGAAUGCAAGCGAUUCCGAUUUGUCAGCUAUUCAAGGGGAGCUUACUAAUUUCUUCCUGAAAUGCUUGGAAUUCCGUUCGCAAAUAGGAAGCCUUAGUUCUACAAGUACGAAUGACGUUUGUUCAACGGAAAUGGAAAUAAUAAACGCAUUUGUUGCAUGGAUUUUGAAACUAUCUGAAAGCUCUUUCCGACCGGUAUACAAGAAAGUAUACGACUGGGGAUUUGAGAAGGACGGUCCCAAGGAACGGGUUCUAACCUAUUUCAUACUCAAUAGGUGCAUUUCGAAUUCGCUAAAGUCAUUGUUUGUCUUAUUUUCAUCAGAUUUUAUAAAAGACGCCACUGAACUGUUAACAUCAUGCAACACUUCGAAAAACUCAGUUUUAUACUUCGAAAACUCAGACCAACUUAAUAUGGAACUAUUGGAAAAUAUUCUCUGCACUUUGGCAAACAUUUUCAUGUAUGACAGUAAAGGUUUUACCAACCCUCAUCGUUUUGACAUUCUUAUGCAACCCGUUGUUGAUCAGCUGGAAAAUAAAUUGGUACUCGACAAUGAAGAACUUCAAAAUAUUCUCUUGUUGUGUAUCGGCCAACUUGCAGUUGCUGUUUCAAGUGAUGUUCUUUGGAAACAGCUGCAUUAUCAAAUUUUACUUAAAACGAGAGCUAAUGUGCCGGAAGUUAGGAUAAUUUCUUUUAACUGUUGCGUUGAACUCGCUAGAAAGCUAGGCGAUGAUUUCACAUCACUUUUGCCAGAGACAGUGCCGUUUAUUGCAGAACUUUUUGAGGAUGAAAAUGCAUUAGUUGUGAAAAAUUCGAGAAGAGCCGUACAGGAACUGGAGUCUAUUCUUGGCGAAUCAUUACAAAAAUACUUGUAAAGUUUUUAUUUCUGAAGUUGUAAUAAAUAACCCGCAUAACAUAAAUAUAAAUCUUAUGAUUUAAAUAAAAU